AUGGAGGGGGAGGAUAGUUUUGUGGCUCUGGUCCACUGCUCUGAAAAAAUUCAGAAGAGCAAAAGGCAUGGUGUGAAAUUCACGGAUAGAGAAUCGCUUAGUAUUUUCAUCCUAUCUUCGAGUACGUUGGCAGAGAUUAAGCUCAGCAUAUUACGGAAGUUCGGUGCGUGUGGGACGAAGUGGGUAAAAAAGUUGUUUUACAAGAUUUCCAUUGCCGUUGUGUCAGCUGGUGUGAGAUAUGAGACCUUUGUGAUAGGGUCGGAUGAAGACAUGCAGGUCUUGUUUCACUGCAGGUGUAGUUUUCUGGAGGUGAGGAUACCUGAGCUGCUUGCGAAGUUGGAAGAUGGUGUCGACAGCUUUGGGGCAUCGGCAUUGAAUCCUCAGUCGACCACGGUCGAUGGUGCCUUGACAUCGAUGCCUGUGGUAGCAGCGGCAGUUCUGAUUCAUGAGGCCGAACGUGCUGGGGCUGUUCAUGCUAGUGUGCCUACUGUUGUGCCUGAUUUUGAUUUUGAGGCAGGACCGAAUCGAGUUGAGAAUGUGUUGUGUGACGAUGAUUCGGAUGAGGAGCCGGUCGAUAUCGGUGGGGACAGUGAUGAUGAUAUUCCAAGAGGUACACCUACAGCCCAUGGAGGUUUUGGUUCUGGAACACAAGAGUACCCUCCGCACCUGUCGUCCUUGAACUUGGAAGACAUCGGCCAACACCAGAAUGUAGAGUCAACCUUCAUGGGGCAGAGUAUGCAUGAUGGGAAUUCUUUGACGGAAUUCUAG